GGCCGCCUAAACAAACUACGCCAAAGACACCAAACCCACCCCCAACCCGGCAGCCGGCAGCUUCACUUCACUCCACUGCACUGCACUGCACAGCCGCACCACACUGGUCCGUUGCAAACCGCGCCCUGCUGCCGGCGAGGGAGGUCCCCGUUUUAUUACAGUAACCACAGGGGAGAGAGAGAGAGAGAGAGAGAGAGAGAGGGCGCGGCGCAGUCUCUCGCAGCGGCAGGGCGGGCAGAAGCUGCUGCGUCGCGUGCAGCGUGUGCCCCCCCUCCCCUUCUCUAGUUCUCUUUUGGUUGCCUCUGCAUCUGCCUCUGGCCGCCUGCUUCGUGCUUCCUUUCCUUCCCCCACCCCGAGGAAAAAAAGAAGAGCUUUUUAAAAAAAUCCCACUCCCACCUCGCCUCGCCCGCUGCGACAGUGCAUACGCUCUUCCCGUUGCGUAUACCGUAUGAAUCUACGGUGACGCGGGCGGGUGGCGCGGUAGGGUUUGGUUUCGUCUCCGGCGGCGGCGAGCGGCGGCGGAUCUGGUGAGGGAGGGAUGGGGAACCGGAUAGGCGGGAGGCGGAAGGCGGGGGUGGAGGAGCGGUACACGCGGCCGCAGGGGCUCUACGAGCACAGGGACAUCGACCAGAAGAAGCUGCGCAAGCUGAUCCUCGAGGCCAAGCUCGCGCCCUGCUACCCGGGCGCCGACGACGCCGCGGCCGGCGGCGGGGAGCUCGAGGAGUGCCCCAUCUGCUUCCUGUACUACCCAAGCCUGAACCGUUCAAAAUGUUGCUCGAAGGGGAUAUGCACUGAGUGCUUUCUUCAAAUGAAGCCGACUCAUACUGCUCGGCCUACACAAUGCCCAUUUUGCAAAACUCCCAAUUACGCUGUGGAGUAUCGUGGUGUGAAGACGAAGGAGGAAAGGAGCAUAGAGCAGUUUGAGGAACAGAAAGUCAUAGAAGCACAGUUGAGGAUGCGUCAGCAAGCACUUAAAGAUGAAGAGAAUAAGAUGAAAAGAAAACAGAUCAGGUCUUCUUCUAGCAGAACGGUAACCCCAACAACAGAAGUGGAAUAUCGAGAUAUUUGCAGCACAUCAUUUUCAGUGCCAUCAUAUCAAUGUAGUGAGCAAGGAACUGAAUGCUGUUCAUCUGAACCUUCGUGCUCUGCCCAGGCUAGCAUGCGACCUUUCCAUUCUAGGCAUAAUUGUGAUGAUAAUGUUGACAUGAAUCUGGAGGAUAUGAUGGUUAUGGAAGCGAUUUGGCGGUCCAUUCAGCAGGAACAAGGAAAUCUAGGAAAUCCUGUUUGUGGCAGCUACUUUCCUGUAAUCGAGCCACCCUCACGUGAAAGGCAGGCAUUCCUUCCAGCUGCUCCUCUAGAAAUACCUCAUCCUGGUGGAUUUUCUUGUGCGGUUGCGGCUUUAGCUGAGCACCAGCCUCCAAGCAUGGAUUUCUCUUACAUGGCUAGCAGUAGCACAUUCCCAGUCUUUGACAUGAUCCGCCGACCAUGCAAUAUCGUUGGUGGAAACAUGUGUGCUGUCGAGAACAGUUCACUAGAUAGCUGGAACGGGAUAGCACCAAGUUGCAGCAGAGAAAUGAUACGAGAGGAGGGAGAGUGCUCAACCGACCACUGGUCGGAAGGUGCGGAGGCUGGAACAAGCUAUGCUGGAUCAGACAUCGUGGCGGAUGCAGCAACCAUGCAACCACUGUCUUUUGCUGAAAAUUUCGCCAUGGCUCCAAGCCACUUCCGUCCGGAGAGCAUCGAAGAGCAGAUGAUGUUUUCCAUGGCUAUGUCUCUAGCAGAAGCUCAUCAUGGUAGAACGCACACGCAAGGGCUGGCAUGGUUGUAAGUUGUAACACUAAUUUUGACGCCCUGUUGCCCUCCCCCUUGCGCUGUUGUUUGACUUCUUCCCCUCUUUUUGCCACCCUUUUUGGCCUCUUGUUUUUUCUUUUCUUUUUUGGCAUGUGUUGCUUCAUGGCUUGAUAUAGAUCCUGCUAUAGUCCUCCAUUGUUAUUGCUUAUAUGUAUGUAAAAUGGAAUAUGUGGAAAUAGAAAAGAAAAUGGGUCAAAGUUCUUUCGCCGGUAGGA